UUGGCAAUGGUGCACUUUUGCACCAAGACCAUUUUUAGCACUAAUGAGGAAAAACUCACAUUUGGGAUUUUCAAACUGUAGCAGUUACUUCUAGGCCUUUCAGUCCAAAAGUGGGACUCAUCGUGGAGGACACUGCAGAGUCAAAAGAUGAAGUCUUCAACGUAUCAACGUAUCACAUCAAAGAUGCUGCUGAAUUUUGCAUCUUUUCUCUGUUUAGUGACGUUGAGUUUGGGAGCUGCGAUUCCUCCUUCCUGUGGUUCAAUCUACAAGAGUUUUGCUCAAUGUUUACUAAAACUUGGAGACAGUUUGGUGGAAAAUCAACCUGACCAGAAUACACAGGACAUUGAUGCAAUUUGCAGGUCCUGGAAUGAGUUUCAUGACUGUGCCAAUGCUGCCCUGGCUGGAUGUCCUGGAGAGGCAGCAGCAGUGUGGGAAUCUCUGAGAAAGGAGUCAAGGAAGACAGAGUUUUCAGGAAACCUCUAUGAGAUGUGCGCUAGCCGCACCACCCUCAGCCCCACUACUGUGCCUGCAGCCCAGAGUCCCCCCACCUCAGAACAGACUAACCAAGAGACACUUAAAGGGAAGACUUACAAAGAUGAGGCCACUUUUAGCUCUCUGUUUCUUCCAGUCUGUAGCACCAUGCUUCUCUUUCUCAGUGUAUAG